AUGUCACAACCUACCAACGCUACCCCAAAUCUUGCUGCCAACACGGGAAACAAUGGUCCUGUGCCUAACAGUGCAGCAUCCAAUAAUAACGAUUCCGGAGAUGAAUAUUUAUCACAGGAGGAAGAGGUUUUUGAUGGUAAUGAUAUUGAAAACAAUGAGACAAAAGUUUACGAAGAAUCACUUGACUUAGAUCUGUCGCGUAGUAAUAGACAAAUUUGGCUGGUUAGAUUGCCAAUGUUUUUAGCUGAAACUUGGAGAGAUAGAAAUAAUUUGCAUGGUCAAGAAUUAGGUAAGAUUAGAAUUAAUAAAGAUGGUAGUAAGAUCAAAUUGAUGUUGAAUGAAAACGAUAAUGAUACAAUACCGCAUGAAUACGAUUUGGAAUUGACAAAGAAGAUUGUUGAGAAUGAAUAUAUAUUUACAGAACAAAAUUUGAAGAAGUAUCAGCAACGUGAAAAGGAAUUAGCAGCUGAUCCAGAAAAGCAGAAACAGGCCUUUUUAAGGAAACAAGAACGUGAAGAAGAAUUGAAGAAGAAACAACAGCAAAUGAAACGUAAGAAUAAUAGAAGACGAUUUAAUCAUAGAGUUAUGACGGACAGAGACGGUAGAGAUAGAUAUAUUCCAUAUGUGAAGACUAUUCCUAAGAAAACAGCUAUUGUAGGAACAGUAUGUCAUGAAUGUCAAGUUAUGCCAUCAAUGAAUGAUCCUAACUAUAACAAAAUUGUGGAACAAAGAAGAAAUAUUGUCAAGUCUAACAAUAAGGAGAGAAUUACUACAUUGGAGGAGACUGUUGGUGUUACCAUGCGUCAUGCCGGUAUGUCUAUGAAAUCUGAUACAUCGAAUUUCUUAAAGGUUGGUCGUGAAAAGACUAAGAGUAACAUUAAAUCGAUCCGUAUGCCAAAAAAGGAAAUUUUGGAUUAUUUGUUCAAAUUAUUCGAUGAAUACGACUAUUGGUCUUUGAAAGGUCUAAAGGAACGUACCAGACAACCGGAAGCUCAUUUGAAAGAAUGUUUGGAUAAAGUUGCCAUCUUGGUUAAGAAAGGGCCAUACGCUUUCAAAUACACCUUAAAACCUGAAUAUAAGAAAUUAAAGGAGGAAGAAAGAAAAGCUACUCUUGGGGAACUUGCUGAUGACCAAGGGAAUGCUAUCAGUGGUAGAGAUCAAUUGUUGCAGAGACAGCAACAAGAGGACGAUGCUGAAGAAGAGGCAGAAGAUGAGAUUGAAAUGGAGGAUGUUGUUUGA